GCACGGUAACCGCAAACUUAAAGGCAGUUCGGUACUCGCACGUGGGCCUUCGUUCGUGUCGGAUGUGUGCGCGUACGAAAAAUCGCCAAUUGUAACGGACAUCGUCAGUUACUACGUACGUGUCAUCAACAGUGUUUCGCGUUAAAAUCAUCGCCCAUAAAAGGUGUCAAAUCUCAGGAAAAUCUCUCCGAUUUCGUAGUAAUGAGUAAAAUUUCUUCGUAACGCGAACGUCUGUUGAACGUGUGAAUUAAUUUGUAACAUCGGUUUUAUCACCAAAUAGAUUAUUUCACGGCUAGAAGGAUACCCACGUUAUUGGAGUGAAUUUUUUCCUGGUGUUUUUUAUUGGGAUUAAAAAGCAACAUUCUAGUGCAUCUGGUGACAGUGCUGCGAAAAGUUCGAGAGAACCAAAUCUCCAGUCGUCUAAAUGCUGCUAAGCCUACGACGUAAUUAACGUUGACCAAAGUACCACAGACGGUGUCAAAAUUGAGCAGGUCGUCCUCCCGUCCGGCGGUGAUCUCGCCAAAAUUUGGAGGAUGUUGAUGCCUGGUGCCGCUGGGCUCAGUGCCGUCGGUGCGGUUGGGGCGCCAGGGCCGGACGAGUUAGUCUCGGGCCUCGGUGCAUUAGCCGGCACCACUCCUCAGCAGAAAGACACCACAUGGACGAAACUUUUCGUGGGAGGCUUGCCCUAUCACACCACCGACAAGAGUCUCAGGGAACAUUUCAACGUGUACGGCGACAUCGAGGAGGCUGUGGUCAUCACCGACAGGCAGACCGGGAAAAGUAGAGGUUAUGGUUUCGUGAUCAUGGGAGACAGGCCAGCAGCAGAGAGGGCGUGCAAAGACCCCAACCCCAUAAUCGACGGUCGCAAAGCAAACGUCAACCUGGCGAUUCUUGGAGCUAAGCCCAGGGGUAAUCUACAAGCGACAUUCCCGUUCGCUGCUGGCAUCCGAGCCGGGUACCCCGCAGUUCUUCCUGGCCAAUAUGGGGUGCCACCGGGUUACGUGUACCAGUCGCCUUACCUGGCGGCUGCGGCGCCAGGUGGCUUGGUACCCCUUCCGGCCACGCAGUUGACCCAUGCAGCGGCGAUGGCAGCAGCGUCUCAAUUUUAUGAGUACCAAAACGUCGCGGCAGCGGCCGCCACGUAUCCGGGGACAUCGUACAAUUUCGCCGAGGCGUAUCCCUAUACCAGCGCCGCCGCGGCUGGUAUGUGUUUGAAAAGUGUCCAGAGCAAGGACAGCAACGGGCUGAUACACCACCACCAGCAGCACAACGGUAGCAGCCCUGCGGUGCUGGCACACCAACGAUUGGAGAAAGCUCUCCUGCCGCCCUUUCUGCCGUCCGUGCUACGUAGCAACGCGAAUGCAGCAGCAGCAAGUUACGUGACACCGUAUGCGUAUGCAACGCUACCAGGUGCAGCAGCAGGAUUACCGGCAGCAGCGGCUGCAGCUGCAACAGCAGCGGGUGCUGCCUUCCCAGGACUACCAUAUCAAACGACGCCUCAGGAAGCAAGAUUGCAAUAGAAGUUGGAUGAAUUGCCGCAAGGGGGAUCGGUACCGUCGCCGAUUGUUCCGGCGGCAUUAAAUUCGCAACACAAAACUUGAUCCUCGCCGCCGUAUAAACGUUUAGUCUUCGUCUGUCUUUGCGUCGAUCCACCUCUUUUCCUUAUUCGAGGGUCAGGCAUUAUUCGAUGCGACUGCACACCGCACGGAGAAGCCAUUGUUUCAGCCAUUCGGAGCCCUGGCUCCGCGUUCUCACGAGCUAAUUUUGGAAACGACGCACGGCGAGAGACAGAAAACGAGGAAGCUUCGUGGAUGCGACCUACGUCACUCAGGAUCGACGGCUCGCAGUUUCUUACUAACCUAACCUCUAAUCUUCCCCACCUUAAUCUUCCUUUCCACGUUCUCCUUUAUAGGGCCAAACUUGGCACGCUCGGCCAAUGUACUUUCGAGAUACAAGACGAUACGUAAUGUCGUUAGCGUUAUGAUUAUUUAUAACUAAUGGAGCACGAUGGGCAAUAGAGGCUUUCAAUAGACGCGCGGACAAUUUAGUAAACGUCGGAUUCUUUGUACAUUUAAGCGUCGAUCGCACGAUGAAAAUGCUAUCAAGAUUAAAGGGAAUUACUCGCUGUUAAAUGAAAUUGAAAGACUGAUCCGUAUUCAGAAUUGAUAUUGUUCGAGACGUGUAGUCUUAUGAGAUUAUAAUUGUUGAUUCAAUUGGCGGCUAGUUUUGCGAAACGAAGAGAUUUUUCUUCCAGUAUCGACGAAUCAUUUUGUAAUGGUCUUU